UGGGAUUUUAGAAUCAUGGGCCUGAGAAGGAACUAAGAGGCUGUUGUGUGCAGUGGUUAGGAGGGAAGUGGUAGUCAGACAGACUUUGAAUUGGACCCCUUCUCUGCCUGAUACCUGUUGGCACUGUGACCAUGGAAAUUCAAACUAUGAUGGCAGCUCAAUUGGACAUUACUCCUUUCAACUUCAGUGAAUCCGGUACCGGCCAUGGGCUUGGAAACCAAGACCCCAGAGGUUCACAACUGAGACUUGUCUUAGUGGGUAAGACUGGAGCAGGAAAAAGUGCCACAGGGAACAGCAUCCUUGGAAGGAAAGCAUUUCAUUCCAGCAUUGCAGCAAAAUCCAUCACCAAGGUCUGUCAGAAAGAGAGCAGCAUGUGGAAUGGGAGAGAAAUUGUCGUCGUGGACACACCUGGCAUUUUCGACACUGAGGUACCAGAUGCUGACAUGCAAAAGGAGAUUGCUAAUUGCAUCCUCCUGACUUCCCCUGGCCCUCACGCUGUGCUCCUGGUAGUCAGGCUGGGCCCGUACACAAAGGAAGAACAAGAGGCCGUGGAGAAGAUGCUGUCAAUGUUUGGAUCCAAAGCUAAGAGAUACAUGAUUCUCUUAUUCACCCGGAAAGAUGACCUGGAUGGCAUGGAGUUCUGUGAUUACUUAGAGGAAGCUCCAAAAGGCAUUCAAGAUCUGAUGGAGGAGGCUCAGAGGGCACAGCUGUUGGACCUGGUCCAGCACAUGGUGAUGCAGAACAAGGGAGGAUGCUACACUAAUAAGACGUACCAAAAGAUUGAGAAGGAGAUUCAGAAACAGGUUCAAGUGAAACAAGAAAAAUACAGAA